GACUCCUCGCGCCCGCCGGCCCCGCCCGAAGCCCGCUCUCUCUCGCUCUCCAUUGGUCGGUUUGAAGGAGGGUGGCGGCCAAUGAGCGCGGCGCGGCGGUUGGCGGCGGCAGCGGGUGGGUCGGUCGGUCGGUGGCCCCGCGGCCCCGCUGAGGCGAGCGGCCGGCAUGGAGCGGGCAGGGCCGGUCGCGCAGGAAGAGCAGAGAAGACGGCUCCAGGAGUACCGAGCAGCCAAAGAAAAGCUGAAAUGCCCAAGUGCAAAACCCUUUUUAAAGGACAGGACAAAUCGCGUGAAUCCACCCUUAGACCCAGUCUCUAAACUAGUCCGUGUUGAUAAGAACAAGGAUGUGCUCAGAAACGUGGCGAAGGGCCCUCAGAGGGAUGGCAAGCUUGGUACCAAAUCCACAGAGCACGUGGGCCAUACUGCUCCACAGAAGUCUUCAAAUACAUCAUCCCAGAGAGCAGCGGUGGCGCGUCCAGAGCCGCCGAGAAAGAGCGCAAGGCCUCCCAUGGGGCUCAUGCCAAGUAUAAGCCACCAUACGCAGCCCAGAGGGAGGCUCCCGGCUUCAAACCCCGGUCACCUAAAUCCAGAAAGGAGCAAGAAGCCUGCACGGGAGACUGCAGCACCUCAGGCUGGAAGUGAGCACCCCCCUCCUGAGGCACCUUGCUCCCUGAGUGAGGGGCUGCGGGACAGGCUGGUCUGCAACAAGGAAAACGUCCGAGCACAAGCCUCUGCGCGCCCUGUGCAGAACAGAGUUUUUCAGUCUGAUGGAAACAAUCUUGGGAGCAAGAGAGACUUGGCUCGCAGACAAAGCUCAGCCACAAUGUCAAGAACAAUCAUGGACCCAAAGGACAGAAUUAACAGCCGCCAGGCUAAGGAAGAGCCGAUUCAGGAUAAAUUCAGGAAAACCCUGCCAGGCUCAAAAAGCACAUCUCAAAAACCAAGUGUCAAAACUCAGCCGUUGCAGCCCCCUCGGUUACUUAGUGCUUCUACUAAUUUGCUACAUAAAAAAACAGAGGCAAACCAGGAAAAAACUAAUACGGCAAGGGAACCUGUAGGAAAGCCACUGGGCAUAGUUCCAGCGGGAGGUCUGAAGCACCACAGUAGAGCCCCCCAACUGAGAAGAUCUCCCACAAAGCUUCUGGCCUCCAGCAGGCCCCGUGGCACCACAAACAUGAAAUCCAGCCUGAAACCAGGGAGCACUGUGCCAUGGCAAAGGCCCACGGCUAAAGAGGAGGCAGGUAGGAAGGAAGUGAAGGUGGUGCCUCCCAGACACACAGCGGCAUCCCGAGCGGCAGUCCCCCAAAACCAGCCUCGCAGCAUACACGGCUCCAAAACUCAAGCAACUGCGAGUGAUUUUAGCGGCAGAGAUAGGCUUAAACCAAAGCUGCCCAUGGGAAGUGGAAUCCAGGCUAGGCGUGUUCCCAAGACCCCAUCGGCUGCGGACCGUAAGAAACAGCUGGAGGAGUGGUUGGCAUCCAAAGGCAAGAUAUACAAGCGGCCACCUAUGAUGCUGCUUCAGAAAAAGGCAGUGAAGCUGUCCUGGAGAAAUGUCAAGGAGAAAGAAAAGCAAGAGAAACCGGAGCAGCUCUGCCUGGAGAAGAUCGAUGACAUAUUGACUGAGUGCCUGAAGCUCGUUGAGGAGGGUGUCCAGGCAGAGGACAUCUCUGCAGUGCUGUCCCAAGUGCCCCAAGCAGAGAAAUUUGCCAAGUUCUGGAUCUGCAAAGCGAAACUUCUCGCCCGGAUCGGCCCUUUUGAUGUGACGGGGUUGUACAAAGCAGCAGUCUGCGCUGGUGCUGCGCCGCUUCAGGAGCUCAGAGAAGUUGUCCUCGAUAUUUUGAAGGCUGCAGGCCAAACAUCGGAAGGGGAAAAGGCUGAGCAGCCCGUUCCUUGCGAGCCUACAACACCUUGCCCAAACGAGAGGCAGCACGUGGCAGUGACUCCCUGCCCGACGGGGAGAUCCCUGACCAGCCUGCCCGUCUCGGUCAAGUUACAAGUCACGUCUGCAUCCAGAGGAAAGGAGUUGCUGGGAGGCCGGGAGCUGAAAUUCCUGACACCGGUGCGGCGCUCGCUGCGGAUAGAGGGGGCUGGGAGCCACUACCCAGAGAUGCUGAAGGACCAUGACCCCGUGGUGUCAUCCCUUAGUGAAAUCCUGGAUGCUGAGGAGGAGACUCAGUUCUUCUUCCGUAAAAACAAGGCUUUGCCAGAGGUGGCGGAGCUGGAAGGUUUGAGUUUGUAUCCCCCAGAGUGCUGCUGAGGGAUUCCCAGCAAGGUGCAGGCUGCUUGCUCCCCCAUGCUGCCUUGCACACACUCCACUGACUCUUGUUGCCUCUCAGAUGUGAAUAUGUAGAGGAGGCACGUAAUAACCCUCUUUUAAAUAUACAAGCACUGUUUAUAAAUAUAUACAAACUUGCAGUAGAGAUGGAGUGUGGCCUAGUGAGUAGUGUGCAAGGUCUGGGCUUGGAGACAUGGGCUGUCCCCCUUGGGAUCGCCCUUGGCUCCUCUGCUGCGUUGUGCCCCGAUUUUCCUGCUGUCGGAUGAUGUCAGACAGACUCUGCAGCGCGCCAGGCACCUUCCGGUGUUUUGGAAGCAAUAUCCUGAGGGAUUUCCUCAGGGCAGCGUUGUGCCCUACCUGGACAGCAUCUGGAGGGUUCCCGCUGGGAGCCACGCACGGACCCGAUGUCUCAAGUCCCGUGCAGCAGCGCCAGCUGUGCCCGGCCGGUGAGGGGCUGGAGGGACUGGGGUACCUCCGGUACCCUGCUUCCGCACGGGCCCCAGCGAGGCUGAAGGCGGCACAGGCAAGGGGUGCAGAGGUCCUCGGGAUGCAGCCGUCCGGCUCUGGGAAGACCCCUGGGCACGGCUGGGGGUCCAGGAUGGGCCAGCCCACCCUUGUGAGCGCGCUCAGGGCCCCUACAGCAGCCCCCCUCCCUCAAGGGCUGUUCUCACUCCCAGAGCAAAUAGCAGCACUGGCUGCUGGUGACGGGCCGGUUGCUGGGGGCUGGCAC